AUGGCACCAAUUCUCGUCACCGCGCGAAUCGUCUGCUCAAGCAAAGAAGCGCGAAAGACCGUUCUCGACGCCUUCCACAAAAUCAUACAAUUCACCCAGACUCACGAGCCCGACGUCCUCCGCUACAUCGUCACCCUCCCAGUCGAUGACACUACAGGCACCGUGCUAUACAUGAUCGAAGAAUACGCCUCCCAAGCCGCCAGCGACGCGCACCUCGCAACCCAACCCGUCCAAGACCUCAUCAAGCUCUUCACCACCUCAGACGUCCUCGCGCAACCCCCCGAGGUCCACACCAGCACCGUCACAUCCAGCAAGCCGUGCUCCCCACCACCCGCGAUAUCCACCUCACCAUGCAUAGUCCUCGCGCACUUUGACUACCAGGCUGGCAAGGUAGCGAAUGCGCUGCUAGGAUGGGCUGACGUCGUGGAGUACGUAGCGAAGAACGAGUACUGGACGAGGGGAUACACGGUGGGUGAGGGGAAGGACAAGAAUAGUGUGCGAACGGUGGAGACGUAUGAGAGUUGGGAGUUUUUGGAAAAGGUGCAUAUGAAGAACGAAGCUAUCGCGAAGAAUCAACAGCAGAAUGGGAAGGAUCGGGUAGGACAGGGUGCCGUGCGGGUUACCGCUGUUGAUGGAUUCUUGGGGAGGGAAGGGAAGGCGAGGCUGUAG